UUAUUCUUAGCAUUGUUACCCCGGAUUCAACCAGGUCAAUGUGAUGCCCUUCUUGCUGUCUCAGCGGGCGUCUCGUCGCCUUUCCUGCCUUGCUUCCUUUCUCUUCAUCGUUUGCUUUUAUGCGCUUUACCAUGAACACGGAAUUAAUGACCGUACUUAUCUCAGUAAUGUCCCGUCGGAUUGCCCGCAUCUCCCGGGGCUAGAACACAUCCUCGUCGUGCUCAAGACCGGGGUCACCGAAGCCCAAGACAAGCUACCUGUGCAUCGCAACACCACUCUCCGCUGCAUUCCGAAUUAUAUCGUCUGGUCUGACUAUGAGGAAGAAGUCGCCGGUAUCCCCGUCCACGAUGUGCUAUUCAAUGAAUCCCAAUCUCUCCACAGUCUCCCCGAGUUCGACCUCUACACGCGAGUGCACACUCAAGGGCGUGAAUCCCUUACUUCCACCGAUCUCACCGAUGCCGCCAGCACGCCGUUUGGGAAGCCAGAUAACCCGGGCUGGGUCCUCGACAAAUGGAAAUUCCUUCCGAUGAUCGAGCAUACAUUUCGUCGACACAGUAGCGCAAAGUGGUAUGUCUUCAUGGAGGCAGACACCUACAUCGUGUGGCCCUCGCUACUCGCCUGGCUCGACAAAUUCGACCAUACCCGACCGUACUAUAUGGGCAAUCAAAUGCAGACCAGCGAUGUUAUUUUCGCCCACGGUGGUUCUGGGUUUGUGAUUUCGCGUCCGGCGAUGGAGCGCGCUGUGGAUCUCCGCGCCCAGAAGCGAGACUACUGGGACAAUAUGACGAAGAGUAACUGGGCCGGAGAUUGUGUGCUUGGGCUUUUGCUUCGCGAAGCAGGCAUCGCGUUGGAGUGGUCCUGGCCCAUGCUUCAGCUGGCGCCUCCAAAGGAAUUGGACCAUUUUAGUCCGAACUAUGGGCGCUCGCCGUGGUGUUAUCCACCUCUUUCGUUUCAUCAUCUGCGCCCCGAAGAAAUUGAGGAGCUGUGGUCGUUGGAUCGCAGGUGGACGCACAAAACGAGUCACUUGUUGUAUCGCGAUGUCUUCUGGCAGUUGGCGUGGCCGCGUAUGAGCGAGAACCCGGUUGAUGACUGGGAUAAUCUGGCGGGAGAGGAGAGAUUAAUCGUCAGCAAUAUAGAACAAUGCCGAGAGGAGUGCAAAAACGAUUCCGAAUGUCUACAAUACUCUUUAAGAGAGGGGGAUAACAUGUGUCGCGUUGGACAUGGAGCACGAUUGGGGGAAAAGAAGACGGGCUUCAAGUCCGCCUGGCUGCUCGACCGCAUCAACGCAACAGCUGAAAAAUCAGGAACCUGCACAGAUCCUGAAUGGAUUUCAUAACCUUUUUUUUUCAUUACUGCUUGACAAGAAGUGAGAAGGGAGGACCAUAAAUGACCCUGUCUUGAUUAUGUACAUAGAUCAAAUAAUUCCAAACCACUUUAC